AUGCAGCUCACUCUCAAAGGGGUUCCCCUGGGAACGUUGCUAUUAUUGCUAUUACUCGUGUCCAUCUCUGUGCCUGGAAAAGGGAUCUUGGCAGGUGGAAAAACCUGGCAGGGACAACCUGAAGUUUCUGCCUUAAGACAAUCUGAAACCCAAGAAGCUGUGGGGUUUGCAAGAACAUCAGAUUGGAGAGGACCAAGGCUGAAGGUCGCUGCCAACGAUCCAGAGGGUGACCUCCAAGGAACGAGUCCUCACCUGCAGUUUGCUGAAGAAGAGAAGCCCUGGAGUUCAUGGCCCAGAUUCAACAUCCAGGCUUGGCCCAACGGAGGCCCAGAGGAACCCGUGUGCAGGGUGAAACUGGACAGGGCAGGUAACCGGGCCCCCAACCACCUGGAGGUGGUGGGUCUCCUCACCAGCCACGAGAGCAGCUUCCUGAAGGCACUGAGCAGGUCCACCUGGAGUGACGGAGAUCUGGAGGAGUUUGGAAUGUGUCCCCCAGACAUUCCUCACUCCCUCCUUUCGUCUCUCCAGCACAUUGGCGGGUAUCUAGCUGACCCAGGGGACAGCCGCUUUCUCCUCCUCCAUCUGGAAGAAGUGCAGUGGAAGGAUGAAACGAAGCUGAGGUUUCAGUUGACUUUUCCAGAGGAAGUGGAGCCUUCCAUCGGCCCGCUUCAGCAUGCCUUACUUGUCUUUUACCAUGGGAGAAAGGAAGGGGCAUCCACUAGCCCCAGGAAGAAGUACCUUGUGGGAGGGGAAGGCCUCCAUCAAAAGCAGAUUAUCUGCCUCUCUGGAAUAACACGGUAUCUCGUCCUCAAGGGCUCGCUGAUGUCAGGAAGAAGUAUUCCUGGCCAGCUCAGCUUCCAAGUCUCCUUGGCCAUCAGACAUCACAGCAACAGGGAUGUGGCCCUUUCGCCCCAGGAAGCCCAGGAUCUACUUUUUGGUUUUGAUGAAAAAUGUUUCACUCGUAUGACCCCAUCUGUGCUACUAGUGGCCAACCAGAGGCCUGAUGAUGUCACUGCUGCUGCUGUACCCUCUUCCUUCCUUGCUGCCAAAGGUGUGGUGGACACAGCCCCAUAUCUAGAGCCCAGCAGCUUGCCGGCCUCUGGCAUAGCCAAAGCACCUCCUGCCAACACCACAACCAGCCACAGGAAUAUCUCGGCACCGGCACCCAUGAGCACCGGGCAGUUCUUAGAGGCCCUCUCUCAGUUUGUCAAUCAAGUGUUGAGGCCCUUUGGCAAGCCGCCUCCCACUUCCAGGGCACGCCUCCAGUUGGACUUCGACACAGUGGAGGCCCUCCCACACUGGCCACUCAACCUGUCAGAGAAGGUGGCCUUGGAGUGGCUGGUCCAGUCAGAGGAUCACUUGGUGGUGCUCUUCCCCGAGGACAGCCAGGCCUUGAUGGAGCAAGAGCUGGGCCAGCAGUACCUGGAGGGCAAGUUGUUACGACAAAUGCUGGAGAAACUGAGCUCCGUGAUCCAGGAACUGAAGGAUAUCCCAUCCUUCCAAGCGAACAUUGGCCUCUUCCAUAACCUUCUUGCGUUCUGCUACUACCCUUCUGGCUCCAUGCCAGGGCUGGCUGGUGGUGACUCCAGAGCAACUGACCAGCAGGAAGAAACAAGUAGCCUGAGAAAACUCCACAGCCUGUUGCUGCUGAAAGCUCUGCAGGCUGUGCGGGGUCACUGGCGGGAGUCGAAGAAGGCACCCCGGGCAAAUCGCAGCACCCAGCAGCAGGAGAAUUACUGUAGGCUGCGAGAGCUCCGGAUUGAUCUUGUCUCCAUGGGCUACAUCAUCUUUCCUGAGUGGUACCAUGCCAACAACUGUGUUGGGCCUUGCAGAAGUCCACUGUCCACCCGCAUCCCCGACUACUACAGCCAUACUCUUUUCCUGCUGCGCAUGCACGAACAGGGCUUCCCGCUUCAGCGCGCCCCUUGCUGUGUCCCUGUGAAAUACUCCCAAAGUGUCAUUUUAACCUUUACCAAUGACCAAGGGCUGAAAGUUAAGAGGUACCCCGAUAUGGUGGCCGAGGCAUGUGGCUGCAGGUAA